GCCAAUCAAAUGCUGGUCAUGUGAUCAGGGCAAUAACUUUAUCAAUAAGCAUCAGCACCGUACCAUUUCCUCUUCGUCUUUGCCAACCACGCACGCACCGCGAUGUCAAAGGAUGACAAGCUGGCACCACGCGAAGCGCCCCACGAGCUCGCAAUGACCAACAGCGACAACAGCGAUAGCGAUGACAGGCAUAGCGACCACGACGCGCAACAAGGUCCUCGUACCCGCCUCACCGACACCCUCGGAGGAGGCUGGCUGGAAGCGCAGCUACUCCUCACCACUCUAGCCACAGGAGUACUGGAUGCCGUCUCCUUUGGCGAGUACGCCGUCUUCGCCUCCAACCAAACGGGAAACGUCAUCCUCCUCCCGGCCCACGCCAUCGGCCUCGUAGGCAAAUACAGACCCCCAGCCCUCGUGACUGCUCCUCCUCUCCUAUCCACGGGGCUGAGCCUCGUCUUCUUCCUCCUCUGCGCCUUCAUCUCUGGUCAGAUUGGCGCACGCGUAGGGCAUUGCAGGCGGGGCUGGUUCCUAACUACCGGCGUAAUUCAGGCAGGGCUACUCCUCCUCGUUGCAACAUUGACCGUCACUGGGGUACUAGAGAGUCGAGGUCAGGCAAACGCGAUCCCCGUCUCUCUCCUCGCUACGGUAGGCGGGUUGCAAGUCUCCCUCGCGCGUUGCUCCGGUAUUCAAGAAGUGCCCACCGCCAUGCUUACUGGACCCAUGGUGGAUUUCCUUACACUUCCCACCCUCUUCUCAUUAAAGGCGCCGCAUACGCGAGAUUUGAGGGCACUCUAUCUGCUCCUCUUUGUGCUAGGCAUCGUCCUUGGAUCUCUGGCUCACUCCUUUAGCGGACCAGCAGCAGCCAUGUAUCUCGGCUUUGGGCUGCGCUGUAUUGGCAUCGUGGUGCUUUGGUUCCAGCCGGCGAAGAAGCAAGCGACUGGUCGUUGUGCGUAGAUCGCGUUUGAUAGACAGCAAACAGCAUGCAUUUGAUACCAUU